AUGAACAUAUUCCUAUACUCCCUUCUGAUUGUCCUUGUCUUCUGUGGACAAGAGCAAGGUACCUUCCUACAAGACCAAAGUACUACAACACAAGAAAAUAAACUCUACACAAUAAAGUUAAAGGAAACACAUACGAUCGUAUUCAAUUCGUCCCUACUCAAAAUAGGUGUCAGCCAAGGAAAUGUAUGACUUUUUAACUACCAAAUAAACCUACUUCAGAUAAUAGACUCCAAUUGAUGUUUAGGAAAUAGAAUUUGGAGACUAUGUGCCAAAACCAUAAUAAACUUCAGAGAAGAGAUAGGCAGAUCUCAAAUUACAUAAUUUCAAGAAUACUUAAUUUACUGGACCAAUCACUGUGGGUGAUCAAGAAUUCUAGGUUAUUUUCGAUACUGGAUCUGCCAAUUUCUGGAUUGAUUCUGUGAAAUGCAAAAAUGAAGGAUGCAAAUAACACACGCAAUACAAACCAAGUUUUAGAUCUAAACAUCUUGGAUAUGCCUUGAAUGUCCAAUUCGGUACUGGAGAUUUGAAUGGAGAAGUCAAUUCAGAUGUAGUCAAAUUAGGAGAAAUAGAAGUUGAAGAUUAAAAUAUUGCAGAAAUAGUUGAAGAAAACGGUGCGGUGUUCUAAAAUGUAUUAUCAAUCGCAUCAAUAUUUUAAGUCUGGAUUCGAUGGCAUUGUGGGUUUAGCAUAUCCUUCCAUGGCGGCUUAUAACUUGAAUCCGUUGUUUGAUAACAUCAUGAAACAGAAGAAAUUACAAUCCAAUUAAUUCUCAUUCUACAUGAGCAACAAAGUUAACAGUUACGAAUCACAACUUACUUUUGGGGGCUAUGACGUUACCAAACUUGACGGUCCAGUUCAUUAUCAUCCUGUCAUUGAUAAAUAUUAUUGGACGAUCAAAGCUGAGAACAUUCUAGUCAAUGGUCAGGAUUAAGGAUUCUGUCCCAAAGGUUGCAAAGUUGUCGCUGAUACUGGUACUUCCUUAAUUACUGGUCCAUAUGAUGACCUAAUGAAAUUGCUAGGUAAAUUAACAUCAAUACAGUGAUUUAAGAUCUCACCAAUAUCGAUGAUAAUUGCUCUAAUUUGAAGGAAUUACCCACUCUCACAUUCAGAAUCGAUGGAGUCAACUAUUAUCUCGAGGCCAAAGAUUACAUUAUGGAGUUGAAAGAAGAUGGAACUGAAAUUCCUUUGAGUAAUGAAGUGUCAGCCUCUGCCUUCAUUGAAGGAUCUGCUAAACAAUGCAUUGGCGCAUUUAUGCCUUUAGACAUCCCAGAUCCUCAGGGUCCAGCUUGGAUUCUAGGAGACAUCUUCCUUACAAAAUACUUGAGCAUUUAUGACAGAGACGUUAACAUGGUGGGAUUUGGUAAGGCUAAACAUUGACAAAUCA